AUGAAGCCGGCGGCUCCCGGGCGCGCCCUGCUCUGCGCCCUCGGCCUGGCCCUCUGGCUGGGCUGCGCGCGCGGGCUCCAGAGGAGCAGUGGCAGCCAUGACUGGAAGAAGCUGAUUAUGGUCCACCACUGGCCUGCGACCGUGUGCAAGAGCACUGAACAUGGCUGCAGAGAGCCGCCGGACUACUGGACCAUCCACGGGCUGUGGGCUGACAAAGCGGACAUGUGUAACCGGUCGUGGCCCUUUAAGCUGGACGAGAUUAAGGACCUCAUGCCGGACAUGAAGAUGUACUGGCCCGACCUGCUGCACCCGUCCCCCAACAGCAGCUUCCUGUGGAAGCACGAGUGGGAGAAGCACGGGACGUGCGUGGCGCAGCUGGAGGCCCUGGGCUCGGAGAGGAAGUACUUCGGGAAGGCCCUGGACCUGUACCGGGCGCUGGCGCUCAACAGCAUGCUGCAGAAGCUGGGGGUGGUCCCGUCCGGGGGCAACUACUACCAGGUGUCAGACAUCAAGGAUGCCCUCUCCAGCCUGUACGGGGUCCCACCCAAGAUCCAGUGUCUCCCGCCCGAGCAGGGCGAGGAGGUGCAGCUGCUGGGGCAGAUCGAGCUGUGCUUCACCAAGGACCUGCAGCUGCGGGGCUGCGCGGAGCCCGGGCGGCCGGGGGCGCCGGCCGGCGGGGCGGGGGGCGCCGGCCUCGCCCAGGACCUGCAGGUGUGCAAGGACGGCCCCGUCCUCUACCCGCCGCCCCCCUAG